AUGCUCAGCAAGUCUUCUCAUUUCGGCUUACUUUUAGUUUCUACAAUUGUCUUGCUAUCCGUUACGUUUACAAAAGUAGACGGACAGCCCUUUUAUUGUGUCAAUGAAAUGGGUGCUAUAGGUUCAGGUUUUGCAGGAGGCGAGCACUGUUCUACGAUGACUGGAUCAGUAGAUAUGAUAAAGCGUGAACAAGAAAAAGGAUCUUUUGAAAGAAUGAAAAAUACUGAUUAUGCUGUUGGUCCUACUACGGAUGAUAUCGCAGGAGUUUCUCUGGGUUUUGUGGGCGAAAUCUCGGAAGAUGAUGAAGAAAAUGAGAGUAGUGUAGUGUUGCAGCCAAUCUAA